ACUAAAAUCGAAACAAGAAAUGAGGAACUCGAUGAAUAGAUAGGUAUAUACUCUAUGAGUCUAUGCAUCUGUUUUUUCGCGGAGAUCCUUGCGCGGGUUGAAGAUCUUUACUCUUCAGAUUCAUGGCGGCAACCCAACCACAGGGUCCGGAUCGUACAACCGAAGAGGUAGCAGCUGAACCAGACAAAAUGAAGGAUCAGCUUCAUUCGUCAAUACCGGGUAGGUCAAUUUCUUCUAAUGCCUCUCAGGAUGCUACCACGGGUCAUUCAAGGGAGACAACAAGUCAAUCAGGAUCGUUUGUUUCAGGUGGAGGCUGUCCUCUAUACCCACCUAAUGUAUAUGCACCGCAGCCCCAGGCUUUCUUCUACCCAGGUUUUGAAAGUGCCAAUGGAGAAUGGGACGAUUAUCCUUCAUAUAUCAACUCUGAAGGAUUGGAAAUUGGAUCGCCUGGUCUCUACAAUGAUAAUCCAUCUCUUCUUUUUCAUUCUGGAUAUGGCUUCAACCCACAAAUGCCUUAUGGACCAUAUUCCCCUGUGACAACACCUUUGCCUUCUGUAGGUGGAGAUCCACAAUUAUACUCCCCCCAGCAAUUUCCGUACUCUGGGCCACCUUAUUACCAUCAGCUAGUUUCCCCCAGCUUACCCUAUAUUUCUUCACCAGCUCCAACUUCCCAGCCAGAGCUGACUAACUUGGUAGGUGUUGAUCGACCAGGUGAUAGCAUGGUUUUGGGACCUAGACCUGGCUACCCCUCAAUGGGAUCAUUUGGUAGAGGUAGUUUUCCUGGAGCACCUGGUUCCUUUGGCUUUCAUGAUUCCCAACAAGGAUUUGAUGGAUCAAGAUCUGCGGGAAGUGGAAUCUGGUCUGAUAGCUCAAAACCCUCAGAAAGGCAGAUGUCCAUGAUGCCCCUAUCACCAGCCGUAUCUCCACAGCCACUUGGGUCACUUGGGUCAUUUGGGUCAUUUGGCCAGAGUGUUGGAAUGGCUUCUCAUCAACAACCACCAUUGUAUGGGUUUGGAUCUGGUUUAAACUCCUAUGGUAGAGACUAUGUGCCUAACCAGGGCUCUAGGUUUGGUGGCACUGCCAUUUCCAAUCUUGGUGUAAAUGACAGGAACUGGCUUUCUCUUGAAAAUAGCAGACGGCGUGACAGGGGAAUAGCUCCAUUUUGCGGCUGUGAUGGUACUCAUGAUAUACUCAGCGAACAGAAUCGAGGUCCUAGGGCCUCAAGACUUAAGAAUCACUUGUUAGCUGAAAAUGUUUCUGUUGAUAAUAGUAAAAGCUCUUCUACUACAAAGCUCCAGAAUGAAUCAUUUAACCAGCCAGAAUUUAUCACAGAUUACAAGGAUGCCAAAUUUUUUGUCAUCAAAUCCUAUAGUGAAGAUAAUAUCCACAAGAGCAUCAAAUAUGGUGUCUGGGCCAGCACACCAAAUGGGAAUAGGAAGUUAGAUGCUGCAUAUCGCCAAGCAAAGGAGGAGCAAGAUGCCUGCCCUGUAUUUCUCUUAUUUUCGGUGAAUGCUAGUGCUCAGUUUUGCGGGGUUGCUGAAAUGGUGGGGCCUGUUGAUUUUGACAAGAGUGUGGAUUAUUGGCAACAAGAUAAGUGGAGCGGACAACUUCCUGUCAAGUGGCAUAUAGUUAAAGAUGUUCCUAACAGUCAGUUUCGACACAUUGUCCUUGAAAAUAAUGAUAACAAGCCUGUGACCAACAGUCGAGAUACUCAGGAGGUGAAAUUGCAACAGGGGAUUGAAAUGUUGACCAUUUUCAAGAAUUAUGAAGCCGAAACAUCUAUACUAGAUGACUUCGAUUACUAUGAAGACCGGCAAAAGGCUAUGCAAGAACGGAAGGCAAGGCAGCAAACCAGUCUGAUGGGUAUAACAGUUGGAGAAGGUGAACGCAAGAGUUCUGCUCCUGCCAACAUCAAUGGUGAUUUUAUGAAGCAGAUGUCAAAGAGCUUUGCACAAGUUGUUCGCUUAGAAGACAAUAGCACUGAAGCAACCGUUACCGAUAGAGGUAGUUUACCCACCGAUGCCUCCAAUGGUACUGUUGUUAAGCUGGAAGAUGGUAUUUCUGUGACUAGCUCCUCACUCCAAACCAGUUAGGAAGGCGGCAUACCCUGUUGUGCUGGAAGUUUGAAGCACUCUGAAGUAUUUGGUGGGUUACUAACUGGGAUUCAUGCUUGCUUUACCUUAUUACCUUUGCAGGAAAUUGCUACUGGUGUCAUUAAAGUGAUUGAAGUUUAUGGUGUUUCUAAAUGGAAAAAAGGUUUUUCUGAAGGAUACAUGGCAACAUAAAAGGGUGGCUUUUCAUGUAUAAUGUUUCUUGAGCGCGUCGCUUUUAUUUGUAGUUUUCGUUGUUUCUCCCAGCACCGCACUUCUGCUUAUUUCAGAAGAUUGAAUUUCAAUGAUCCCCCUCCCCUUUUUUUCUUUUUCUUUCUUUUUUUUUUAAAUAAUAAUUUUGGGUCAGGGUAGUUUGUUAGCCAUGUGUUAUAUUUCAAUAUUUGUAAAGUGCGGUUUUCCUCAAUAAAGCAAGCAAGCACCUUUGAAUGAGAACCCUGUAAA